ACCUGAUGGAUAUGAAACAAGUGCGCUUGCAUCAGCCGACCUUGAACCUUCAUGCGCAGGCGCGAAUUUUUUUCCCGCCUGCCGAUAGCGUCAGUCGCUGGGACGCAGCGUUUGAGUGAGGUAGUGCGCAGUGCUCUCGUCGGUUUCUUUAUUGCAAUUAAAAUGACAAAACGACUGGAGCAGCGCUACUGCAUCAAAUUUUGCCAGAAACUGGGUGACAGCCAAGUGGAAACCAUUCGGAAGAUUGAGACGGCUUUCGGUCACGAUGCUAUGAGCAGUCCACAGAUGAAGGAGUGGUACAUCCGGUUUAAAGACGGCCGCACAUCGGUGGAGAGCGAGCCACGCUCCGGUCAGCCAUCAACAUGCCGAAAUGACCAGGUGAUUGCCGAAGUGAACGCUGUGGUGAUGCGGGACCGUCGUGUGACUAUCCGAGAAAUUGCGGAAGAGGUGGGCAUCACCACUUUUUCUGCACAUCCCAUUAUGGUCGAAGAUUUGGCCAUGAAGAUAGUUGCGGCGAAAUUCAUGCCGAAGCUGCUCACGCUGGAGCAAAAGCAACUUCGUGUUGAAGUCUCACAGUACAUGCUGGAUUCCACAAACAGUGACCCCGACUUCAUGAACACCAUAAUCACUGGUGACGCGUCUUGGGUGUACGGGUACGACCCGGAAACCAAAUCCCAGUCGUCACAGUGGAAGCAUUCCACGUCGCCAAGACCAAAGAAGGCCCGCCAAGUGCGCAGCAACGUCAAAGUGAUGCUGACUGCUUUCUUUGACUCCCGCGGUGUGGUACACCACGAGAAAACAGUGUGGCCGCACAUAUUCAUCGGCCUCGGCCACUACGUGAAUGGCGACAACACAUUCACCGACUGCUGCAUCAUGCCACCGACCGUGGUGAUGAGACCGGCCCAGGUGGCUACCGACAACAGCAGCUACCAACACGACUUGGCUAUGGUGGUCGGCAGUUUUGACAUGCUGACGUCAAACAGUACACCACCGGUGUGGGCGAUCUCUGUCACUAUGAAGGGAAGAUGGACGGUAGCCGAAGCAGAAGAAACGCCAAACUUUUUGUCCAGGUGCGUGCACGACCCGAGUGCCGAAUCGUUCGGAAACAUCGCACAGGUGUGCAACGACCCCGACUUUGAACGAGUGGUCAACGACCUGCAGCUACACUCGACGCUGACUUACGGCGACAACCACAGCCGGGUGUUUUCAUACGAUGACGAAUAUGCCUUCAGAGAAAAGCUAUGCAGGCUCAAGGCGGAGCACACGUCCAUAGAGUUCGGUAUCGCCGUGUUCGACCUCGAGUACGAAGAUUUCUCAAACAGCUGUUCCUUCGCAAACUCGCGCGGGGCCUUCUCCAGGCUCAAAUUAUUGCGCCUAUUGAUCGAUUUCUUCAGCACGAAGUUUCAUGACCAGACAGACUUUGCCGCCUGCUCCAGCCUCACGCGGUGA